UCCAUGAUUUGAUUCAUCAGGAAAAGAUUUUAGUGAAAUCUCACCAUUUUUCUAGUGAGAGAAACAGAAAAGAAAAGCCAUUUUAGCGUAAACUCUCCGUCUGAAGGAAAACUUGUGCAAAUUCAAUGGCCAACAGCAAUCUACCGCGAAGAAUCAUCAAGGAGACUCAGCGUCUGCUCAGCGAACCAGCUCCAGGAAUAAGUGCAUCUCCAUCCGAAGAGAAUAUGCGGUAUUUUAAUGUAAUGAUUCUUGGUCCAACGCAAUCUCCUUAUGAAGGAGGUGUUUUCAAGCUGGAAUUGUUUUUGCCUGAAGAGUAUCCAAUGGCUGCUCCCAAGGUUCGUUUCCUCACGAAAAUUUAUCACCCGAACAUUGAUAAGCUUGGAAGGAUAUGCCUAGAUAUUCUUAAAGACAAAUGGAGCCCUGCUCUUCAGAUUCGAACAGUACUUUUGAGUAUUCAAGCACUUUUGAGUGCACCGAACCCAGAAGAUCCACUCUCUGAAAACAUUGCUAAGCAUUGGAAAACAGACGAGUCUGAAGCCGUUGAAACAGCAAAAGAAUGGACACGUUUAUAUGCAAGUGGGGCAUGAAGUGCGCAGAGCUUAAGGCUUUCGUAAAUAACAAAUCAUGUACUCAUUGACCGUCGAACGAACUUGGAAAAAUUGUAAUAUAUAUGUUUUCAAUGUCUGGCAUUUCUGCUGUUAACUUCUUAUGUACUCUGUUUUCCAAUUAUGUAACGAGAUGUGAUAAUUGUAUAAUCUAUUGAAAUGACACAUUUUGAUGAAAUUCCAUGUGGGUUUCCCAGCAAAGUGAAUAUGUGCUAAAGGAUUUUCUA